AAUAUCUGACAUCUCCUCCUCCUCUCCACCCAACAGUGACUACUCCAAGACCCUGAACAAUGGCCGACACCAGUAACAUCCAGUCGGCGGCUUCUAAGAGCAUCCGUCCCUUCCGGUCCAGCGAGGACUAUCUGUACGCCAUGAAGGAGGACCUGGCCGAGUGGCUGAACACCCUUUAUGACCUGGAUGUCCAGGUGGAGAACUUCAUGGGUGCCCUGGAGACGGGCUACGACCUCUGCCAGCACGCCAACAACGUCAACCGCAUUGCCUUGGAGUUCCAACAGUCGAACCCAGGAGCCGCUUCCCACAUGAGGAUCCCUCGGAAGGAGGUGGUCUUCCAAGCGAAGAACGUGGUCCCCGGCUCGUUCAUCGCGAGGGACAACAUCUCCAACUUCAUCCAGUGGUGCCGUCAGGAGCUUGGCAUCCAGGACGUGGUGAUGUUUGAAACGAACGACUUGGUGUUGAAGAAGAACGAGAAGAAUUUCGUCCUCUGUCUGCUGGAGGUGGCCAGGAAGGGCUCCAAGUUCGGGAUGUUGGCGCCCAUGCUCAUCCAGAUGGAGGAGGAGAUCGAGGAGGAGAUGAGGGACCACCAGGUGGCCUGCGGGGAGCUGAAGAAAGAGCAGGCGGUCCAAGAUUUGGCGCCCAAGUCUCCCGUGUACCUGAACAAAACGCAAAGGAUAGCCUUGUGCGACCUCAAGAACCUGGAUGAGCUGGUGAGUUCUUGCAUUCUGCUGGGCCUUUGGUUUUAUUUAUUUAUGAACAUAGUUGCGUCUUCCCGCUUUCUGUCAUGCCCCUGUUGGAGUCUGACUCUGGGGGAGUGUGGGAACAGCUGA